AUCAAAGGAAAAGGGCGGAAGAGGGAAACAGGAACUCGUGCGCAUGCGCAGACAAGUCAAUAAUAGUCCUUGCCUAUUUUAAGGUUAGAGCUUGUUGCUUUUUCAGUGGCUAAUCGGGCCGAAGGUGAAUCUUAUAUAUAUAUAUUUAUUUGCCCGAAGAAGAAGAAGUAACUGCUUAAUCUAAAUGCUGUGUGUGGCACGGUUAGCCCUUGGGGCCGGAGUUAUCACCUUGCCUGCCCGAGGCAAGGCUUCCCUGGCUUCCAAGAUUGCAAAAUAUCGGAAGAUGUGGAAGCCAACGGAGCCACAAGACUGGGCCAUUGAUUAUCGGGAGCGAUACAUCCCCUUUUCCAAGGACCAACUGGUCGAUGCGCUAGUGAAGGAGUUCCACUCCUCUAGCCACACAGAUCGAGAAUCGUUCCUGUCGUUUGUCUCUCUUGUGGAUUCAUCUCUUCUACACCAUUACCACUCUGUCCGAGACCAGUUAACGAUGCUUUACGCACCUAUUAAUCCUGACCAGGACACUUUGCAGGAAUUAUCUUUGACAGAUGCUGAGCGGUUAGCAACUGAACAGGAGGUCUUGGCCAAGAUGGAACCUCUGCUGGAUCAGGCCAACUUCAACAGAUUGUCAGACGAAACAUUGGCUUAUGCCCUUGUGGUCCACCAUCCUCAGGAUAUUGUCCAGGUGACAGUGAAUCUGGAUCAGUAUGAAUACAUGAGAUUCUGGGCUCUUGGCCAGCGGACAGGACCUCUGCAUGUGUCAACAACCAUUCCACUCCCAAAGAGGGGAUUCUUUGGCACGACUCGGAUUCCAGCAGACAGGCAAUACUUCAAACGGGUGGUGGUGGCUGCACGGAUUAAGAAUGCCCACUUGAUGCUGAAAUGCUUUAAGGACAUUCCCCUGGAAGGCCUGGAGCAGUUGCUGCCGGCUGUCAAAGUCCGCACCUCCAUCUUCUACAGGGCCCUUCUCAACACCAUGCUCAUUGUGAGCGGCUUGGCUGUCUUUGUCAAUGUCGGGAUGGUGGUGCUUUCUGACCUAAAGAUCGGCACAACCACACUGCUGAUUUUCUUUGCUGCUUUAAUGGCCUUCCGUGCUUGGAAGGUCUUUGGCCAGCGGCGAAACAUUCACUCCCUUGAGUUGGUGCAUAUGUUGUACUACCGCAGCACAUCCAACAAUUCAGAGUUUCUGGAUGCCCUUACCCUGCGUGCCCAGGAAGAGCACACCAAGGAGGUGAUAUUGGCACACAGUUUCCUCCACCAGCUUCAGCAACAGAAUCAGAAGGCCCUGCUGAAAAACCCAGAUUCAAAAACCGUUGAGUGGCUGAGAGAAGAGGUUGAGGCUUGGCUACACCUCAAAGCCGGGUUGCAUGUAGCUUUUAGUGCUGAACGUGCCUGCAAGCAUCUCAGGGAACUGGGAAUCAGGGGUGCAGGUCCCCCCACAAGUAGCCCCAAUCCUGUCUGACUGGGAAGGAGGUCCCUACGAUGGUUCCAACCAGCACUUUGUUUUCCAGAUGAUCUGGCUCCUGGCAUUUUCCUUAAUCCUGAGUAUCGCAUGUUCAGAAGGCAUGAGCACAAGAAGACUUAUUUUGGCAAGGGAUUGUGGAAGCGAAUCCAGGGCCACAAUUGUUGAUGCUGCACAGAUAACCCAGAAACACCAGGGUUUUUGUUUACUCUGUGGUAGUUGUCUGGAUGCACAUCGCCCUUAAGAACUCACCUCUUGAAACACAAGCAUGCAACUCUCUGAGCCAUAUUGCACCUUACUCACAACUGUUUGGGCAAGUGUGUGUGUUAGGGGAAGGGGAAUCUUGCUUUUAGCGUUUCCCUUCUUUUUGCAAAGCAUGUAUAUUCCAUGCUGUGGCUGUGGCUUCUUUUCUCUGAGGAAUGAGGGAUAAAACUGUCUUAAAACACUGUUUAUGUUUGAACACAGAAAUAACACCACACAAUGAAUCUCUUGCAUUUGAAGCAAAAUGCUUUUUUAAAAAAUACCCUUUGCUUUCCUGCUGGGUUAUUUUUUUGUAAAAAGAUAAGAAAAGUUUAAAAUUAUUCUGUUGCACUUUGAAGUGUGUGGCAUACACUGUGGAGCUUCAAGAGCAUGCUGCACGCUGAGCUAUUGUUUUACUUGCUUAAAAAGAUCA